AUGAGUAGACGUCGCACACAAGCCGAGGAAGAACUCUCUCAGAGAUACCCGCAUUACGAUGCAUACAAAUUAUGUCAGCAGCGGGCUUUCUUUUUUGGCUCAUUCACAUUAUUAGGUGUGACUGCUUCUACAUAUAUUAUAAUGAACCAGUGGUUGCAGAAGUAUAGUCCGAAACUUAGUAAAAACUGGCUAGUUGGCGGUCCUUUGAUUGCUGGAGCAAUCGCAUCUUACGCUGUAACUGCAACAAAGAGUGCCGAUUGUAAAAAUAUGUGGCUGGCCAUGGAAGAAAGGCAUUCAGUUAUAACACCUGCUGAAGAGAGGCUGGCACAAAGGAUGAAAUCUGGUGAGUGA